AGCGAACCCGGCCGAAGCGGAUUCGAGCCGAGAACGUCCAAAACCAUGGCGGCAGUUCAGGCCAUUCCAGAGAAGCACGUUCCGGCCGUGGAGGCGGCCUCCACCGACGACAGCGACAGCGAUUUGCCGGAGCUCUAUGACGCCACCAGCGACAGCGGCAGCGAUCAGGUGCAGGCACAGGCCUUCCCGGAGAAGGAGGUGGAAGCCAAGGAGGUGCAGGAGCUGCUGCGGCGCUACGUGGCCAAGUUCGGCGAGUCGCGGGAUGGGGAGGUCCAAGGCUACAAUCGCAGGGCCUUCCCUUGGUAUAGCGGGGAGAGCUUCAAUGAGAAGGGGGAGAUUGACAUCAGGGAGAUUCAGGCAGUGCUGAGCAAGCCUAAGACGGAGAAGCGUCAGGCCAAGCUUUGGGACGUGGACUCCGAGGGCGAGCAGGUCACCUUGUGCGCGCACUGCCUCCUGCCAGUGGGCGAGGUCUCCUACUCAGGGGCGCACGGCAAAGCCACUUCGCUCCACGGAGAGUGCGCGGCGCAGAUCAUGCUGCAGGAUAUGAAGGACAAGGAUGCCAAGCGCGUCAGCGAGGAGGUGGAGAAGAAGCAGAAGAGCCGGGCGGAGCACGGCAUCGGCUGGACGGUGGCGCAGGUGCCGAGGAACGUGGCGACCGCCGCCAAGCUGGGAUGCACCCCAGCGCCGCAGGGCUUGGUGUGCCUGGCCUGGGACCAGGCGCAGUGCCGGGUGUCGGUGCAGGCCACCGCGGACCCCGCGGCGGCGGUGAACUUGGAGUACCUCGCGCUGGCGCUGAAGGUGCGCUUCCACGCCUGCCGCGAGCCGCUCUUCUCCCUGGACCCGGUGAACCCGGCCGGGGGCCCCGAAAAGCCACGGAGGGAGCACUCGAUGCCGGUGCUCGGUAUGAUGAGCGUCUUCGACUGGUCGGAAGCCGACAAUGUCAAGGGCGGCUGGACCGGGCGCGAGUGGUUCGUGGUGAACAAGGCAGAGGUGAAGCUGUCGCCGGACGGCACGCUGAUCCCCUGCGUGAAGAUGGGGGUGGAGGCACGGACGCAGGUGUGCCGAAACGGGGGCCUUGAGGAUUCCGCCAUCACCAGCAAGAACCACCCUUUGAGGAAGUUCGCGGAGAACUUUAGCAAGAACUUUGACCUCAUCGCGGAGCGGAAGAGCGUGAUCUUCGAGCUCCGAGAGCUUGCCAAGGCCUCGGCGAUGGCCAAGUUCCUGGUGGAUUCCGGCACCUCGGUGCCCCAGGAGUGGUGGCAACUGGCGGACGACUUGGUGAAGUCGGCGAAGCCGGGGGACAAAAACAUCCCGCAGCUUUGGAACAUGCGGGGCCAGAGUCGGAUCCAGGUGAGGGAUGGCAAGCUGGUCAACUCGCAGACGGGACAAUGCUACCUCACCAGCGUCUACGGCGGCAUCGAGUUCGGGCUGGACCGCUUUGAGCUCGCGCAGCGCCACACGCUGAGGCCGGUGGGCGCCGGCGGCUCCACCAUGGUGGGGGGGCUGCAGGGCAUGCAGCUGGGCCCCACCGCGCGCCCGGGCUUCGCCCCCCCACGCUUCCAGCUGACCCAGCGCCCCGCAGCGCCCGCCCCCGGGGCCGAGCAGCCCCAGGGCGUGGAUCUGAACCUCGACGCCUUCGACCUCUCCCAACCCGAGAAGUUCGCGGAGGGCGCCGGCUGCUGCAGCGCCCCCUUGGGCUCGUUGGAGGCGCGGGUGCCGCUGGGUCUGGCGUUUCUGCGGGGGAUGCAGAGCAAGGCCUUCAAGGCGGAGGACCGGAGCCUGCUGCAGAGCCUCUUUAAGGAGCAGCUGGCCGACCGGCUGGAGGGGGAUGCCUUCGUGCCGCCAGACCCGGACAUGAAGUACAUCUCCAAGCUGCGGGCCUUGAUCUCCGAAGAGGACGUUCUGCGCCAGAAGCGGAAGGCCCAGUUCUGCGACGCCGCCUUCAUCGCGGAGCAGCCUGGGGCCCUCUUUCCCAGGCAUUGGACCUCCAACUUCCAGCUGGAGCAGGAGGGGCUCUCCACGAAGACGGUGAAGAAGGCCCUGCGCAGCGGCCUGGUGCAGCUCUCCGUGGACCCCAAGUUCCAGCGCCACGUCGCCGAGGUGGUGCUGCCGGAGAUGGCGCCGGCCUUUGAGAAGAGCGUGGAGGACGGCUCCAGCUUCCGGAUCUACCGCUGCGGCACGUUGGAGGUCCGCACCAUCCAGGAGGUGUCGGGCCCUGAGAACAUCAUGGCUGUGUUCUCCCUGCGCGGUGCCGCCUGGACAGCCACCCAGGGCCGCAUGGAGGCCCCGGAGUCCGAGAAGGUGGUGCAGGUCAAGAUGUACGUGGAGGCAGUGGACAUGAUCGGAGACCUCACCAGGUCCAUCCAGGGCCGCGCGGCGGAGCCGUCCGAGCAGCUGGAUGCGCCCUGGCGCAGCCAGACGCUGGAGCAUUGCCACUACUUUGUGGUGCUGCAGACAGACAAAGGCACCGUGCUGGUCACGGAGAAGCUGCGGGACGGCUCUGUGCGGAUGACGGACGCGGAGAACGCCGAGGAGCGGAUCUCCUUGGCGAGGCUGCUGUACACCCAUUCCUGCAAGGAGGCCGCUGUGGCGCUCAAGGAGGUCCGCGUCUUCCAGGCCGCCUCCGCGCGCGCCACUGCCCAGGGCGCCAAGGCUUCCGACGCCAAGCUCUACGCCCGGAACCUUUUCAAACUCGCCUCCGGCAAGGCGUGGCUGGUGCGCAAGUCCAAGGGAGCAGGUGCCGGGGGCGGAUGGAUGUGUCCGGGAGGCAAGGGCCGUCGCGCAGAAGUGCCGGUGCCUGCCGUGCUUGCAUCAGAGAGGCGCACCUAUAGCAGCAAGGUGCAGUACGGCACCCCCUGAUCGGACAAGAAUCUCGCUGGCGGCCGCUACAUCAAGGACUUGGGAGUGCUGGUGUCACAUCGAACUGUGCCUGGCACUCGCAGUUUCCGGCAACGCCGAUGUGACAACUGCAAGUCGCCACUGGGG